UUGCGGCCAAGGAAUCGAGAUUCUGGGAAUUUUAUUUUUUUUAACAGCUAUGCCGGUAUCGAGUGGACACUUUCUCCAUCACUACUUCCCCUCAAUCUCCAUUCCCAAACCAAGCUCCACCAAUGGCGGCAAGGAAACUACUCCCACUUUUAUCAGUUGUAAAAUUCUACAGAAUUCUGAUAAUAAUAAUUUUGCGAAUACAAAAUCAAUUUUUGGGUCCAACAACAUUAUCUCUAUCGCCAUUGUAUUGGCCCUCUCUACUCCACUACCCACUUUAGCCAUCCCAUCUUUUAAUUCUCAACCUUUUUCUUUUCCUUCCACUCCAUUUUCGCAGGCCAAGAACUUGCCUACUGGGUUGGAUAAUGGAAAAAUCAGACCUUGCCCCUCAAUAAAUCCCGGAUGUGUAUCAACUAAUCCCAAAUCAUCGUCUUUUGCAUUUCCUUGGAGCAUACCGGAGAAUUCUUCAGAUAAUGCAAUUCAGAAAUUGCAAGAUGCAAUUCUUAAAACCCAGAAAAAUGUCAAGAUUCAGCUUGUUGAAGACACACCAAAUGGGCAGUAUCUGCAAGCUGAGGUAGAUGGAGGAUUUGGUCGAGAUGUUCUUGAAUUUUUGGUGAAUGGAGAUGUAGUUGCAUAUCGAGCUAUGGCUUCCAAAGUAACGUACAUAUAUCCUUUCACAACAGCCUUAGGGGACUCAAAAGGUCAAGAAGAAAGAAUGAUGAAGAUCAUGAACGAGUUAGGAUGGUAUGCUCCAAGUUUCGAUUCCAUGGAUUAGACUUGGAGAAAUUUGUACACUGAUCUUACUGAUACCCAAUUGAGGGUUUGAAGUUCAAUUGACAUUUCUUUCUGUAAAUUAGUGGUAAUGCUUCUUAAAUCUAGUUAUAUAUCACAUAGUGUGAGUUUUUAUGCUUUA